AGCGGACAUAGUUAGGCCCAUUUGUAUUAAACCUUAUUAUAUUAUUAGUAUAAAUAUGACGUGAGGGCUACCGGUGAGGUAAGCCAUUAUUCUCCACUUUUAUUAUUUCACAUGGUAUCAGAGCAUAGGUCUCUCAACCCUACUUCCUAAUGUCGACCGUCUCAUCUACGUCGAUCACGGCGCCCAACGUUUCGGUGCAGCCGCAAACUCAGACGCCUUCUUCAACGAUGAUGCCUCCAAUUUCGGCGCCCACUUCACCGAUGGUGCUGCCCACAUCCUCAGGCGUGACACUUUCUCCACAACUAUCAGCAUCUCGGCUUCAGCUUCCGCCGCUGCCUUCGCUUAACUUAUUCAACAUGCCGGAGCCUUUUUCAUGGACCCCAACAGUAACGCUGCCGCCGCCUCCCAUUCACGCUAGGACACCAUCUCCGGCUCGGGCCUCUUCCUCUUCCUCUUCUCUGCCAGCGUUUUCAGGCCCUACAUGGGCUGGUAAUCCAGCCGUUAAUGCUCUCCAGCCACAAUCAAUCACUCGGCCAGACCCUGCUACGGUAAUUGUUUCACCUUUGGCUAGUUUAGCAUCUCAGUUGUCAUUCUCUACACCUAAUGUUACCAACAUAGUCACUACUCGACUAGCUAAGGUUGAGGAUUAUCUUCCAUGGCGUACACAAUUUGAAUCAUUCUUAGUUUCGCAUGCAUUAUUGGGAAUUUUAGAUGGCUCUAUAACAGCCCCAACUGCCUCUGUUUUGGACCCCACUGGUCGUGACAUUCCCAAUCCCGAAUAUAGUGCGUGGCUAAGAAUUGAUCAAACUGUCCGCUCCUGGUUAUUUGCUACUCUAUCCCGAGAUAUGUUGGUUGAGGUUCAUGAUAUUCGUUAUUCCGCUUUAAUUUGGGAACGGUUGGAAACCCGUUUUAUGGCAGAGAGCAUUGCCCGCUCCAUUGAACUAAAACGAAUGUUAAACACACUUAAGAAAAAGGAGUCUCAAUCAAUGGAUGACUAUCUCCACGAAAUUAAAAAUUUAGCCGAUUCCCUAGCAUGCAUAAAUUCAGCAGUUAGCAACCGGGAACUCCUCACAGCCACUGUUCAGGGCCUUGGAAAGGAAUAUGAGUCCCUUAUUACCACCAUUACACUCUUCCCGGAUAGUUUUACCGUGGACAGUCUUCACCCACAAUUGCUAGCGUUGGAGCAGCGUGCUCUCUAUCUCCGAUCCCAAAAUAUACACCCUGGGCAUCAAGCUUUUGCAGCAACUGAUCCAGCCGUAGGACCACGUCCUGCCGGUCGAGGGGGUGAGCAAAACAGGGGAUACGGAGGUCGUGGCUUUCGGGGUGGCAGACCGCGUGGAAAUCGCGGCAGAGGUCGUGGAUAUGGCGGGCAGCAGCAAGGUCGUGGAGGAUAUGGUGGACCGCAGCAGGCCUUUGCUCCUCCACCUGGGUAUUACGGCUGGCAGAUGCCUCCUCCAGCGCCCCAACAACCCUUUCCUCCUCGUGGACAGUCUCAUAAUGGGUUUCCAGGUACGGUUUUAAGUAAUACUUGUCGUGUUAUGGCCAAUACUUAUGCUUUAUCAUCUUGUGUUACUAACCACACUUUUUCAGGAUUUCCUUCAGUUGAGAAUUCCUUUCAGAGUCCCCCUCCACCCGUUGUCUGUCAGAUUUGUUUUUCUCCAGGUCACUCAGCACUGUCAUGCUCCCGUUUUGUUAACCAAAAUACUCCAGCUCUGGCGGCUCUCCCGACGGGUGAAUCAAACGACUCUGUAUGGUAUCCUGAUUCAGGAGCUUCGGCUCAUAUGACUCCCUCAGAAGGACAACCACACGGGAGCCAUCCUCCUCCAGGCCUCUCAUAAAGACCGUGUUUAUCCCCUCAAAGCCGCUCACCAGCCAGCCCUUCCGAUUGCUCUCAAGUCUACACUUGUUCCUGGUCCAGUCUGGCACCAAAGACUUGGUCAUUGUGGGGAUCGCAUUUUAUCUGUUCUUAGGAAAAAUAAUUUAAUUACUAGUUCAACUUUAUUUUCUCAUGACUGUGUUUCGUGUAAACUGGGCAAGUCCCAUCGUCUUCCCUUUUCAGAUGUUAUUCAUGACUCUAGUACUCCUUUGCAACUUAUUCAUUCAGAUGUGUGGCAAUCACCUGUGUCUUCUAAUUUAGGUUUUAAAUAUUAUGUUUCUUUUAUUGAUGAUUUUUCUCGUUUCACGUGGAUUUAUCCAAUGCAUAGAAAAUCUGAAGUCUUUACUCAUUUUUGUAAUUUUCAAAACUUAGUUGAAAAUUUGUUUAACUGUAAAAUUAAAUGUUUUCAGAGUGAUGGAGGUGGUGAAUUUGUAAAUUCCUCUUUUCAUGCACAUUUUCACAAUUGUGGUAUUUUAUUUAGAAAAUCUUGUCCGGAUACUCCUGCUCAGAACGGUGUGGCCGAACGUAAGCAUCGUCACUUGCUUGAAUUAGCUCGGACCAUGUUAAUUACUGCCCAUCUUCCUACCUCCUUUUGGGUAGAUGCUUUAUAUACAGCUACUUACAUUAUUAAUCGGCUACCCACACCUGUUUUGGGUAAUGUGUCUCCGUUCGAGAAACUUUUUCUUAAAC